AUGGCCUCCGCCCCGAGAUUCUGCGCCGUCGCCCACUUCACCGCCGACGAGGCGGCCCCGCCUGAGACCCUCCACGUUAUGCGCCUGCAGCGGCUGCGGCUCCGCCGCGCGGCCGCAGGCUGCCUGGACCCCAUCGCCGAGGAGGAGGACUCCGACGCCGACGACGCCCAAGUCCCCGCCGGCUCGCCCAGCGCCCACAGCAGCACCGGCGGCAGGAGGAGGAGAGCGGCCGUCGACCUUGCCCGCUGCCUUCGGUAG